UGCAACCUGGGAUAGCAUCCGGGUCUUCCGGUGAGGAGAGUUGUGGCGUCGGAGGACCGCUGCUGGAGGACCGCUGCCUGCUGUCGUUUCUCUCCCAGGCCCGAGGCCCCUCCGUUAUCCCGGCGCCAUGGCGAUGCAAGCGGCCAAACGAGCCAAUAUUCGGCUGCCACCGGAAGUCAAUCGGAUCCUAUACAUCAGGAACCUGCCUUAUAAAAUCACCGCGGAGGAGAUGUAUGAUAUUUUUGGGAAAUACGGACCUAUUCGGCAAAUCAGGGUUGGAAACACUCCAGAAACAAGAGGAACAGCCUAUGUGGUUUAUGAAGACAUCUUUGAUGCCAAAAAUGCUUGUGAUCAUCUGUCAGGAUUCAAUGUGUGCAACAGAUACCUUGUCGUUUUGUACUACAAUGCAAACAGGGCAUUCCAAAAGAUGGACACAAAGAAGAAAGAGGAACAGCUUAAGCUGCUCAAAGAAAAAUAUGGAAUAAAUACAGACCCACCAAAAUAAACUGAUGUGUUUUAAAAACUGUU